AUGGGAGGCGCGGCAAGUAAGGACUUCCUGGAAAAUGGGCCAAAGAACGCUGUCGCCAAGGAGCUCGAUGAGCUUGGAGGCUAUGACCGGCCUGCCCUUGCAAAGAAUCAGAGCUUCACUGCUCGGCUGGACUGGCUGGGGAAUCAAGUCGUUAAAACCAGCGACCAGAUGGAAGCUGCGCUCUCCAAAGACGAACAAGCGGGGCGGAAGGAGCUGGAGAAGGAGGCAAAGCGGCGCCAACUUAUGGCACUCCGUCGCGGGCAGGGCGACGUACAGAUGAACUUGCAGUACGCGGACUUUUACCUGCGGCAGAAGAUGAACGAGCGGGGGACCUUCAAUAACUCCGCCUCCAUCCUGCGCAACUCCCACAUCGCGGCCCUGGCCACGGAGGCUGUGGAGAUUUCGGAGGCAUCAAGCGCCAAGUUGGAUGCGGCCCGUCGUACGGCGGAGCAGGUGGCGACGCUGCAGCGGUUGUACAGCAGCAAGAGCGGACCUGGCGCUGUUUCGCAACGGGCCAAGCCGUCGCCGGAUUCGAUGGCCGGCGCAGCGGAAGGCAGCGGCGCGGCCAAGGGCUCUGGUGCCGCCGCCGCCAGCGGAGGCGGCAACACCAAAUGGCGACAGACGGUGCAGCACGCCAAGAAGACCGCAUUCCUGGCUGUAGGGACGUACGUUGCCAUGAAUCAGCUGGGGGAGGGCGUCCAGAAAUUUGUGGAGGAGGGCGAGCGGCUGGCGGCUGCACGCGACAAACUUCCUGACAUGAAGGCUGAGCUGGAGAACCUGCGAUCGGCCAUGCAGCAGCUCGCUGCGGAGCAACAGGCGCUGGAGGCGUCCUGCCCGCCGGAAGCCCUCGACAGCCACGACGGCGACGGCGACGGCGACGCCGCCGCGGUCGCGGCGGCGGCGGCGGCGGCUGGGGUGUCCUCUGACGCAGAGGCGGCGGCCCUGGACGACGACGGCUUGGACGCCGACGAGGCGGCGGCCACGGCGGCGGCCGCUAUGGCGGCGAUGCGGCAUCCAGGGCAUAAGGCCUCUUCACCGAACAAACCGCGGUGGCAUUACAGCGGCGCGUCGCCCGGCUUUGACAGCGCGGGCUACCCUCGGGCUAAGCCUGGCACACGGCUGCGAGACGCCCCUGCUUCGGCCCCUCCCGGAAGACGCAACUCCAACUCCGCCGGGGGCUCGCUAAGCCUCCAAUCGGCGCCGCUGGCCUCAGCCUUACCCACCGUCGGCUACCUGGGCCCGCCGCCCGCCUUCAGCGCCGCGCGCCGGCGUGCCACCACACCCAGCAGUGCGUCGGGCGCCGCCGCCGCCGCCGCCGCAACCCCCCUCCUGGCCAAUGGCUCCCCGCCGCUACAGGGCGGAGGAGGCGGCGCUGGCCUCACUCCCCGAGGCCGCACGAGUCUCGCUCGCGCGUCGUGGUCGGGUGCCUUUUCCCAGCCAGACCCCCCGGCGACGCCCGGCGGCGGCGGCAGCGGCGGCGGCAGCACGUCCGCUGGGGAGCUGCUAUUGCCGCUAUCCGGACAGCAAACCCACGGCGCGCCGCUACGGCCGUCACGGCCAAGCGCGCCUGGGUCGCUGCGGCUUUCGGCUCCGUCGGGUACGGGAGUACGGUGCCGUAGCGAGCCGGUACCAGCAGCAACCGCUGCAGCGGCGGCGGCGGCUGCAGGAGGUGCUGGGGGAGGUGGAGGAGCUGGCGGGCUGCUAAGGCCAGCUUCACCUGUGCGGCCGUCGCUACUGGGCAUGGGCCCGCGACCCCCGUCGUGCGGGGGCUCACCCGUGCUGGCUGGUCGGCCUGGUCCGCCUGGUCCGCAACGGGCUAGUGACACGUAUCGUCCUGUACUGGGUAACGAGGCCCCCAGCACCCCCGGAGAGCAUCGAGUGGGGACCAUGGCACAACGCAUCGCUAGCAAGAUCGCGCUGCCGCUGCGAGCCGCCAGACACCAGCUGCGGUCCCUCCGAGAUGCGGAGACAGCCAAUGUGCUGAGGCAACAGCAGCUCUUGGCAUCGAUUGAGGAAAAUGCGGCAAUCCUGCAGUCGACCUCGGGCAUGCUCAAUAUGUACUGCAAUCGCGCUAACGGGCGGUGGGUGGAGGCCCAGCAGUGGGCCAUGCCGCCGGUGCAUGAGGCGGCGCUACCCGGGCUGCGGCAGCAGGCAGCGAGGUACAAGGACGUGGUGCUGCGGGACAUUAAGGACGGCCGCUUGGCGGUGCAGAUUCACGUGGAUGACGACAUCUUCAUGUCAGCACGGCUGGGCCCCCUGGCCAUGUGGUCGGUGGACCCCUGGCAGCUGCUAGCCGUAACCCACCCAACCCGUACGGAAUGGACCUCCCACCUAGUGGGGCUGGGCUUGGGUGUACGGCAGCUGUUGGCGCUGGCUACGGCAGUUGAGUCGUUGGCGGGUACGGAAGCGGUUGGCAAGAUGCAGGUGGUGCUGUCGUGUCACGAGGGUCAGGUGGAGGCGGUGGUGCGGGACCUGACGGCACGGAAGAUGUGCAGGUUCUCGCCGGAUAACGUAAUCAUCAGUGUACAACAGCGUGCUCCGGGUCAUGCGUACGACAAGGUGAAGCGCACCUUCGCGCCGGCGCCGCAGGCGCCGCCACGCGCUGCCGGCUCGGGCUAUGCGCUGCUGGCGUUAUGCUGGGCGGGAUCUGAGGCGUUCCGGCUGGGCGGCGCUGACCUUUCGGAGCGACGGCCCCUGGAUCGAUCCGCGCUGGAUACGUUUUUGGAAAAGGAAGUCACCUGGCUGUCCAGUUGGCGGCUCCGAGACCUGGUGCAUUACUCUCCGGAGAACUGCCUCAACAUCGAACAGCUGGCGUUGUCGUACGCACUGUCCGACAGCAUGGAUGCCAACAUGAGCAUGCAGGUCGAGUUAAUCGAGUCGCUGCAUGGAAUUAGCCGUUACGGCUCCGGCAUUGUCCUUUCGCUCAAAGAGCGAGCCCUGUCGGCGGUGCCGCCGCCAGCACCUGCCGCCGUUGCCGCCAACGUGCCGCUGCUCCGUCGUACCAACGGUCGUACGGGGCCGCAUGGUUCAGGUCCCGCUACGUCUUCCACCUCCGCCACGUCCUCCUCCUACGCGGCAACAUCCUCCUCAUCCUCGGCCCCUUCGACCUCUUCGACGUCCACUUCCUCAUCCGCUAGCACUUCCGUCGAUAGCGCCCACACUGCGCUGACGGGUCCGUCGACGCCGCCGCUGGCGCAGCCUCAACCGCCGUCCCAACCGCCGUCGGUCCAAGCGCCGCUACGGCCUCUGCAUAUCCCGCCGCAGCGGCAACCUCUCAGCGCGCCGCCGUCGCCGCCGCUGACGGGAGCCCCGAAGUCCGGAUCUCCGCGUUGCUCCUUAGACAAGUCAGGAAGUGGCGGCAGCGCCGCUGGCGGCGGCGGCGGCCGCGGCGGCGCCAGUAGCAGCCGUCGGUCGCUAGCUUCGUCUGGCUCGGCAGGACGCGCCGGCGGCAUUGGCGGCGAGGGCGGGCCGUUGUCGGUGUGUGACAUUAAGUGGGCGGAUGUCCAGACACCGGCUUUGGCGGCUGGUCUUCAGCAGCUCGUCGACACCGCAGCCCAACAGAAUGGCACCACGCCACGUGUGCCGGUGUCCAUCAAGAGGUACAUGUACCACGUACCCAGCCUGAGAGCCGUCCUCUCCGGGCCCUCCAUCUUUCGACCUUCCGUUAGCAUUGGCGAGGGGGGCUACCUGUACGUCACCUUUGACGCAUCCGACAUCACCGCACAGCCCGCCGCCCGCUGCGUAGCGCUGUCGUUCGGUUCCCGCGGCAGUGCGACAACAGGCCCUGGCGGCGCCGCCGCCGGCAACACUGGCAAUACUGGUAUCGACGGCGGCAGUCUUCCGCCGGCGCGGCUCUCCAGCGCCGGAGGCGCUGGCGCUGGAAGCGGCGCUACAGCCUCCGCCGCCGCCUCCGCCGCCGGCGCGGCAUCGCCGGCGGGUGCCGGCAACAACAGCCUUACGCUUGCGACUGCACAGUCUGCGCAGUCUGCGCUGCAGCGGGGCCGGUUGUUGACUAACGACAGCGACCUGGACACGUUGCUGUGGGUGAUGGGCGAGCAGGACAACCAUCCGGGUUUCAGGGCCAGCGUCUCCGCGACCAACACGGCCAGGUCACGGGUUGUUUCCCACGCGGGGGCCGGGGUGGUGGGCGGCUCAGUCCUGGGAGGGCCUGGCCGGGGGCCGCUGCAGCAGAGAGUCAUCGUGGUGGCGGUCACGGACGACGCGGCGUGUCCGCUGGCGGUGCGUGUCGCCAUGGCCGUCAUGAAGCCUGGUGCCGACUGUCUUCAUGUGCUGAGUAUCGCCAAGGACCCCUCCUCCAUGGCUGUUUCUGCUGCCCGGGGGGUGGCGGAGAAGUUUGAGAGCAUGGCCGCGGCCACGCUGGGCGACGUCAAGUCCGUCGUACAGGUCAAACGUCAGUCUAUUGUGGAGGACAUUGCCGCCUACGCCGAGCUGGUCCGUGCCAGCCUGUUGGUGACCGGGAGCAUGAGUCUGGCAGCUGCUCAGGGCUCCAGUGUGGUGGGGAGUGUGGCGCUGAGCCUGGCGCGCGACUGCAACCGACCUAUACUGGUGGUCAAGCCCAACGCUCGGCAGGCCGAGUCGGCGUACGAGGUCGGCAAGAAGCUGUGUCUGCGCGCCGCCGUGCCCGCGGAGACGGGCAGCCGACCCAUGGUUCGUUUCGUCGUUGACCACGUGCUUGACGGCACCCGUGGGGACAAGCUGGUGCUCAUCCGGGGCAAGGCCUUUGAUAAGGACAUGCAGGAGCUGACCAGCAGGUUCCGGAGUGCCGGGGUCCCCUGCCCCCUUUCGUAA